AUGGUGUUUUCCAAGUUCCGUAUGAGGAAAACUAAAAGCGAGACCCUGAGGGAGAUCAAGUCGCAUAUAGAGGGGAGCAUCCAACUACAUACCGCGUCCAGCAAUCAUGAAGAUGAGGAGGAGGGUCAUAGCAGCUCUGCGCCACGGGUUGUUGAUGUCGUCGAACCGUACCAACGUGCGCCACAGUCGGAUACAGGUAGUACUGGGAGCAACAGGAGUCUGUCCCAAUUAAGUCUACAAAACUUGCGGAAACAUCAGUCUGACAAUCUGAUCAGACUGAUUCUGGUAUUGGGUGCUUUGACGACUGCUGGGUUCUUGUGGAUUGGGUUAAAAGGAGCUCUGUCACAGACGGAAGAUGAAUUUAUUCGAAGUGCCCUCUUUGCGGAAAACAGAGUCACUGAAGCAUUGGAUGACUAUCUGAAUGCAGCUUCGUUAGUCCACAAUCGUUGCCGUCAUAAUUUCACCAGAACUGAUUUCAGAGAAAUGUACGAAUACCUGGACAGUUCUGGUCUCGUGUUUCAGGCGGUUCAAUUCGUUCCCAACGUGACAAACGCGGAACGACAAGAUGCCGAAGAUGAGGCAGAAGCUUAUUACGCUGAUAACUAUCCCAAUGUGAACUACACUGGGUUCCAGGGCUUCAACACGCCUACUUCCGGUUUGGAACCACGAUGGAGAAAUCAGAGUUUCUAUUUUCCAGUUCAAUAUCAAGAGCCAAUUGUCGGUAACGAAGCAGCCAUCGAUUUGGAUUACUACUCAUCGGGAUCAAGAAGACAGACUGUAGACUCCCUAUUCAAUUCUGCAGGUCCUGCGCUGACAGAUCGCUUGGUGUUGGUGAAUGAAGGCACAAAAGAACUGCGGUGUGGGUCAUCCGGUAAAUCUGCUGGUUAUGGCGUCGUCUUGAUGCAUCCAGGCGUCAACCUCACAACGCAACCGGACAUAUGGCCUCGAGACAUCUCAGCCAUAGUCAUUUGUAUUCGAGACCUUUUGGAAAGGUCUAUUACCUCGGAUGGGAGGGAUUCCAAGAUUUUCAUCCAUGACCUUUCCGAUCCCUCUGUUCGCAAUGGCGAGCCUGUCUUUUUGGGAGGUGCAGAAAUACGAAAGACCACCGGUGCUGCACCAUUUGUGCGAAUGAUCGCCGGUGAUUCCUUCGCCAGCCUUGUCGACAAGAAUUUGUUUCACCAACAGACAAUCAAGGCUGCGAAUCGGGAGUGGACCAUCACCGUGGUUGACAUGGAAGGAUGGUGGGACUUUAAUCUGCCAUUCAUUAUACUGGGUGGAGCAAUUAUCUUGUGUUCUGCGAUUUCACUGGCAGCUUAUGUAAGAAAUGACGCACGGAAGACCAAGCGGUACAAUGAAUUGAAAGUAGAGGCUAGUCAUGAAAAGGCUGCUUUGAUAUUGAAGAAUGCCCGGCAAGCCACCAAAACAGAACGGGAAUUAAACGACUUCAUUGCGCACGAAGUCCGAAACCCAGUCGCAGCAGCGAUGGCAGCCUGCAACUUUGUUCAAACGGAACUGAACAAACCGAAACCAUUCGUGGAAGAGGAAGCAUUGGAGGUGGCACAGGGUGACAUGAGUGUAAUUGAAAAUGCGCUCAAGUUUGUGAAUGAUUUGCUUCGAAAUAUGUUGGACAUGCACCGUGCUGGUAACAAACAGCUGCAAGUGAACAUGGUUGCAACCGAUCUCAAGCAUGAUGUUAUCGAGCCAGUCGCUGGAAUGUUGCACAAACGGGGUAGUAAAGUUGAGGUCAUUGUGGCAUGUCCAGACAACUUGUGGAUCAAUGCUGAUCCGUUACGUCUGAAGCAAGUAAUUCUGAACUUGGGAAGAAAUUCUUCGAAGUUUAUUGAAGAGGGCUUCAUUCGAAUAAAGGCUGAGGAAGUUGAUGGCAACGUGAAGUUGUUUGUUGAUGAUUCCGGUUCUGGGAUUCCGCCAGAGAAGCGUGAUAGUCUUUUCGCCAAGUUUCAAGAGAGUCUCGACGUUCUGAGUCAAGGAACAGGGAUUGGUCUCUAUCUUUGUAAGAGCUUGGUUGACCUAAUGGGCGGAAAAAUCUAUUUGGAUAACGAUUAUCAUAGCGGAAUUGAAGGCCGCCCAGGAACCAGUUUUGUCAUUGAUAUGAGAGCUCCAAGUGUCGAGCCACCCAUGGCGCAAGAUAAUUUCCGAAGUACAGAGGUAAUGUUUGCUAUUCCUGGUGCUACUGACGAGGAGUUGCACCCUCUUUCGGAAGCUGAUGACCUACCAGAAAAUUUGAGGGUGUUGUUUGUGGAUGAUGACUCCAUUUUGCGAAAGCUGUUCAAGCGGUCAGUGAAGAGAAUUGCUCCGCAAUGGGAAGUACGAGAAGCAAGCAAUGGAGAAAGCGCACUAGCGAUAACAGAAAAGGAGGAGUUCGACCUUAUUUUUGUGGACAUGUACAUGGCGAGUGUGGAAAAACAACUUCUCGGAACUGAGACAGUCUCAGCUCUGCGCAACGUUGGCAUCACGUCCAAGAUGUGCGGACUAUCUGCAAACGACUUGGAGGAAGAAUAUCUUCAAGCUGGUGCUAACGCGUUUAUGUUCAAGCCAUUCCCAUGUGAGGCUCACGAACUGAAACUCGCACUAGGUCGCAUUUUGGCCAAGCCGGACUUAUGA